AUGGCUGAGCCCCCGCCAGAGCUCUCCGUCACCCCGCCUGGCACUCCCUUGAGCGCAUCACCGCGAUACCACCACCACGAACAGCUCCCGAAUACAUCCAUGGAAGAAGACCCGCAUGCUGAGGGUGCUCGCACUCCAAAGCGACAACGCGUUGACAGUGGUAGUGGCACUGGUAAAGGCAGUGACGUCCCCGAGAUCUUGUCCAUUGAAGCUGCCUCUGCUGCCUCUGCUGCCUCUUCCUCCGCUGCCGCUGCCGCCGCCGCCGCCGCAGCAGCUACUUCGGUCACUGCAGUCACGCCUUCACCUGCCACCAACUUCCAUUCCCCGCCAAAGUGA